AUGGCUUCUUCGUUUUCCACAAUUGCUAAUGGGCCUGCUUAUCCUGCUGCCCCAGGCUACCCAGUUCCCAACCCAUGUCUUUCAUUCUGGCUGCAGGGAACGCGAAGUUCCUCUCUCCUCGGGCAUCGAACCACAUCCAUCCUGCCAUCGACCACAGAUGUCGCUAUCAUUGGUUCAGGCAUCAGCGGAGCUGCUGUGGCAUACUUCCUCCUCACUGGGCACAACCCACCCAAGAACGUAGUCAUGUUGGAGGCUAGAGAAGCGUGCCAUGGUGCGACCGGGAGAAACGGUGGUCACUGUAGGCCCGAUUGUUAUCGAGGAUACAAGGCAUACAAGGCACAUUUUGGAAAGGAGCAAGCGUUCAAGGUCCUCCAGAAUGAAAUGGACACGCUGAACCUCGUCACUGAGGUAAUUAAGAAGGAGGGAGUUGAUUGCGAUUUCUGGAGAGGAUUGACUUUCGAUAUAGCCAUGGACGAAGAAGCUGCGGUGUUCUUCGAAUCCAACUAUAAUGAGUUCAGGGCGGACGGGGGUCUCACUGAGGGUAUCGUCGAGUGGAUCGGGAACCCUAAUGAAGCUCAAAAGCGCACACGUACAGCCCAUGCCUUGGCAGCAGCAGAAUUUCCUGCCAGUUCUCUUUGGCCCUACAAACUCGUCAUGCACCUCCUGAAACUUUGUAUUAGCAGUCAUGGCCUUAACCUGCAGACCACCACCCCUGUCAAAUCUGUCAGCACUGACGAGGUGGGAGAGUGGUUGCUAAAUACCGACCGUGGCACCCUCAAAGCCAGUAAAGUAGUUUUCGCAACUAACGCAUUCACUGCUACCCUCCUCCCCGAAUUCCUCGGUAAGAUCGCGCCCUUCAAAGGCCAAUGUUCUGCUGUCGUCCCUACACAUGCAUACUCUGGAGAAAAUAUGCUCGACCAUACAUAUUCGCAUCGUUACGGAACGAAUAGUUUCGAUUACAUGAUCCAAAGGCCGAAGGAUGGGAUUGUCAUCAUCGGAGGUGACAAAUUCAAGGUUCCGAUUGAGCAGAUGAUUGGCAAUACGGACGAUAGCAGCAAGUGGGAGGCCAUUACAGAGUACUUGGGCGGAGCGAUGAAGAAUUACAUGACUGGCUGGAGGGAAGAAGCUCUAGGCGAAGGUUUGCUACAUGAUUGGACAGGCAUAAUGGGAUUCACCCCAGAGGAAGUUCCAUAUGUUGGCGCCCUCCACGAAAAACCUGGAGCUUUCAUCACAGCAGGUCAUUGCGGCCACGGCAUGGCUAGAGCAUUCACUUGUUCGAGAGGAAUUGCCGCAUUGAUUCGUGGAGAGAGCUGGGAGUCAACAAAACUUCCCGAAUGUUUCCAGCCCACUCCAGAGAGAUUGGCUGCAUCCAAAACGACUGUUGAGGAAGUGUGGUGCCACCAUACAAAGGGUGUCACGCACUUGUAAUCCAUCAAAAGGAAAAGUUGUAACGAUAUGAUCGGCCUAUGUGAUGUUCCUCGCGCAUUGUCGUACUUCGUGCUCCUGAGCCCUACAUACAUCGGUCCUGAGGAUAUGAAGUGUUCAUUCAAUGGAGUGACUCGAGGGCCGUGGUCCCACUUUGUUCCGCCACAUCAAACCCCUUUCCUAUCAGUGUACCCUUCUGCGCUUGGAGCCAUGUUCCCCGACCCCUGGCUCUGUAUAGAUCAGCUUCGCAGGGCAUCUAGGGAUAUGGAACGUUAGCUGCAAUAUAUCAAGUCGCGUACUGAAUUUACCGCUUUUUCUUCCGCUGGAGAAAGAUAUUUAGGACUUCUUUAUCGAGCGGCACGAGGGUAAUGGUAUAUGUACGCACGUUUUCUACCCACGAUAUCUGAG